GGAAACUAAGGGAUUUGCAUAUCGAACACCGUGCUAGCUGAAGCUACAGGAUCCUACCAGAGGUCGGCUUGGAGCUGCAUCGGGAUGACGCCGUCGCUCUGGUGUCCUGGCUGCAUGACUGAGGCAUCCUUGAUGCUAUAGCUGAUCAUCCAUCCAUCCGAUCACUGGUGCUCACAGCUGCACAGCCACAUCUGGACUCCAUCCAAAAGGGGCAAAGGGGUCUAACGUCUCAAACAAAAACAGAAUCCAGAGGGUGAAGUGGAAGAUUGUUCCAAAACAUCCCUAAGGAUAUGAACACAUAGAGCUGAAGAGACCUAAUGCUCCUGUGGACUGAAAUAACUAAAUAAUGGCACUGGAAUUUCCAACCUGAAUAAGCAGUUAUUUAUUAUAGGAGCUUGUUAGUCCUGAACCGGUUUGCCCGACUGGAAUGUGUCUUCGCAGUUCACUGAUUCAUUUAAAGAUUUCCACGGCACCUGUGGCUACCUCCUUCCUGUUCCACGGUGAAGGCAUGACAAACUGACUCUGUUUACAGAAGGUGGUGGCAACUCCCUGCUUGGAGACAGAAUAAUCUUUUUUUUCCUACAACUUCAAUAGAAAAUACUGCAAAAAUGACUUCAGAGUGGGGUGAGAAAUCCACGGCGGACCUCAUGAGUAGGUAUGUCUCCAAUGAAAUGGGAUACGGGGUGCCCAAGGAUGGUUGGCGUAUCUGCUUGGCACACGAGUUCAAGGAGAAGAGAAAGCCCUUUCAAGCAAAAGAUGUCUCGCUGUCCAACGUCUUGGAGCAUGUCGGCCUUGGAAUCAGGUAUCUAAAGUGGUGGUACAAGAAGACCCAGGUGGAAAAGAAGGCUCCAUUCAUUGAUAUGUUUCGUGCCCAACCCUUGCGGCAAAUAUAUGGUGCUCCACUUGGCGGUAUUGGAGGCGGUACCAUCACGAGAGGUUGGAGGGGAGAGUUCUGCAGAUGGCAACUUAACCCUGGGAUGUAUCACUACAAAACUGUCACAGCCAACCAGUUCACAGUGUGUUUACGUCGUGGAGGACAAACUGUUUACCAGCAGGUGCUAUCGGUGGAGCGUCCACCCACAUUACAAGGCUGGAACUGGGGCUACUGCGGGGAGUAUGCCUUCUAUCACGCCUUGUAUCCUCGUGCCUGGACAGUUUACCACCUGCCAGGACAGAAUGUCACUCUAACCUGUCGACAGAUUUCCCCAGUCAUCCCUCACGAUUACCAGGACUCGAGUCUCCCGGUGGCAGUAUUCGUGUGGGACAUAGAGAACAAAAAUGACUACGCUCUGGACGUCUCCAUCAUGUUUACUAUGGUCAACGGAUCAGGACACAAGGACGACAAGAGUGGCGGACACUGGAAUGAACCGUUCCACCUGGAGAAGGAGGGGGAGGCGGUGUCCGGGGUCUUGCUACAUCACUGCACCACGGUUAACCCUUACACCUUGUGCAUCGCAGCCCGAGAGCAGCCUGACAGGGAGGUCAGUCACCAGACAGCGUUCAGUCCAAAGGGAACCUGCAGUGGUUUGUGGAGUGACCUGAUCACUGACGGACGGCUGGACUCUCCUACAGGCUCCAGUCCGCCAACACCGAAAGGAGAAAAGGUGGCAGCAGCUUUAGCUGUUGGCUGCUCUGUGCCGGCUCAGAGUCGAAACACCCUGGAGUUCUGCCUGUCCUGGGACAUGCCUAAAAUCACCUUUGGGUCUAGGGAGAGGGAACACAUCAGGAGAUACGGUCGUUACUUUGGGACCAAAGGGGAUGCAUCUCCCUCGCUCAGUCACUACGCCCUAACACACUACAAACAAUGGGAGAGAAGCAUUGAGGAGUGGCAAAACCCCAUACUGCAGGACAGUUCUCUCCCCUCCUGGUAUAAGUCGGCCCUGUUUAACGAACUGUACUUUGUGGCGGAUGGGGGGACAGUGUGGACGGAGUUAUUGGAGGACGCUGAUGUCAGUGGUGGCGUGCGCAGCGAGGACGGGGGUCUGCCAGCUCAGCCUGCUGUUGUCAAGGAGUACGGCCGCUUUGCUUACCUAGAAGGUCAGGAGUACAGAAUGUACAACACAUACGACGUGCACUUCUAUGCGUCCUUCGCACUCAUCAUGCUGUGGCCCAAACUUGCCUUGAGUGUGCAAUAUGAUAUUGCUGGCAGUGUGGUUCAGAAGGACCCAACAGAGAGGCUCCAUCUGAUGAGUGGGCGGUAUUCUCCCGUCAAGUCCAAGAAUGUGGUGCCUCACGACGUCGGAGACCCAGAUGAUGAACCUUGGCAAAGAGUGAAUGCCUACUUAAUCCACGACACUGCAGACUGGAAGGACCUGAACCUCAAGUAUGUCCUGCAGGUCUACAGGGACUUUCAUCUUACCCAGGACAACCAGUACCUGCAGGACAUGUGGCCCAUCUGCCAGGCAGUGAUGGAGUCGGAGUUAAAGUUUGACCUGGAUGGAGAUGGCCUGAUAGAGAACUCUGGAUACGCUGACCAGACUUAUGAUGGUUGGACUGUGACUGGACCAAGUGCAUACUGUGGAGGGCUGUGGUUGGCGUCUCUGUGUGUGAUGUGUAAAAUGGCCAGACUGGUGGACAGCGAGGAGACAUACCAGCGUUACAGAGACCUCUUGGACAGAGGCAGUGCUGCUUUUGACAAACUGCUGUGGAACGGCAAAUACUACAACUAUGACAGCAGUGGGAGAGACCUUUCUAACAGUGUCAUGUCUGACCAGUGUGCUGGCCACUGGUUCCUGCGAGCAUCUGGGCUGGGAGACGGAGAAUACCAGGCUUUUCCUAAAGAGAAGAUCCAGACUGCACUAAAAUCUGUCUUUGACUUGAAUGUAAUGAGCUUUGCUGGGGGUCAGAUGGGGGCAGUUAAUGGCAUGCGCCCUGAGGGAGUGCCUGACCGCUCCAGUGUCCAAUCAGAUGAGGUCUGGAUUGGAGUAGUGUAUGGACUGGCAGCCACUAUGAUCUAUGAGGGUAUGCGGGAGGAGGGUAUGCGCUCAGCAGAGGGUUGCUACCGGACUGUGUGGGAGAGGCUGGGUAUGGCCUUCCAGACUCCUGAAGCCUACUGUGAGAAGGGCAUCUAUCGCUCUCUGGCCUACAUGAGGCCUCUGAGUGUUUGGGCCAUGCAGCUCGCUCUAAACACUUCACAGAAGAGUCCGACCCCAUCAGCUCAAACUGGAGACACAGACACAGCUAGGAACUGAGUGAUCAGAUGGUGUGAAUAAAGAGGUACAACGAGUUCCUCCGAAAGUGACUUCCUCUCUGCAGCUCUCCUGCAGACACCGAUCUCAUCUGCACUGACUGUGCUCUCUUUGACUGGCUACAGACCCUGAAUUUAACUGAAUACAGCCCGUUUUGCUCCACAUGUUUUGUUAUUUGAGGCUAGAGAUCAGAAGAGAAGUUUAUGCUUGACAAAGUCAGUAGCUAUGACGUAGCCAUUUAAUUUUAGAUGAGGACAUUUUUCAUGAGACUGCGAAUCGUCUUGCCGUGUACGGUGUUAGCCAGGCAGUUUCAAAAUCAUAGCCUGCGUAUAUUGCUAAUUACAAAUUGACCUUGUGUUCCAGCAACAUAUUAUGUUUGUACACAUGUACACACACAUGCAACCACUACAUUUCACAGUUCACAAUCAUGCCAAUAAUAUUUGCAUACUAGGAACAUGAAGAUUUUUUCCUCUAUUUAAAUUUGAAUGCUGGACUAAGUGGUAUGUGAUGAAUGAUCCUGGAAAUUAUGUUGGAAAGAAAUAUUUUUCCUUUUCUUUCUCUCUUUUUUUUUUUAAAAAUAGGCAUUUGGUGCCUUGUUGCAUGUUGACCUAAAUCUACAGUAUAUAAAUGUAGCGGCAACAUUUGCUGUUUUAUAAAAUCCAAUAUUCCUGACAAUCAUGCUGAAUAAAUGACAGAAUAAGAUUCA